AGUCUUCGCCGGAACCUGAAGAUAAUAAAAAAUCGAGAAGAACUAGAACUACAAGAAAACCAGACGUUGGAGAACCCUUUAAGGCACAAACUUCAUCAAAACGUGGUGGAGCCAGAACACGAAAAACAUCGGAUGCAGCAGCCACUAUGUCAAGUGGGGCAGGACCUAAACGUG